AUGCUUUCUCGCAUUUAUACGUUUUUCGUCCUCGCCAUUUUGGCUAUGCUUGCGGCCGCCACCACGACCGUUACUACUUCUCCCGGGGCACCUACCAGCAUUCCUGCUAACCAAUGCAACGGUUCAAACUUGCAAUGCUGCAAUUCUCUGGAAAGGUCUGACGGGAGCCUCGUCGGAACUUUGCUUGGGCUUCUUGGUGUCGUGAUCCAGGGUGUUGAAGUUUUGGUUGGUAUUAAUUGCUCUCCGAUUGAUAUCCUUGGUAUCGGCCAAAACGGGUGCCAUUCGCAACCUGUUUGCUGCCAGAACAACGACUUUUCGGGAAUCAUUGCUAUCGGUUGUGUCCCCAUCAAUAUCAAUCUUUGA